UGCAAGACACAUUAACCUGAAGAACAACUAUCAAAAAGAAAAAGAAAAACACAAAAACUUAGUAGUGAAAAUGAUGAGAAGUCAUGAACAUUCGAUUUCCAUCAGAUCCCAGAAUGAGAAUAGGGAUGUUGGUGGAGAAGAGAAUACAAGUCAUGUUGAUCCAAAUGCCAUUGCCUCUACUCUCAUGUCUAAUGGCAACGUUGCUCCAGUCUAUAAGAAACUGGUCGAAAAGUUGGAGGAUGAUGAGGCCAAAAGCCAGAAGCAAGGCGAUGAAGAUUGUCACGAUCAUCAAGAACUGAGUAUGGUGAAGCCAAAGAUACAAAGAGUUCCGGCCAUUCUACGAACAAACAAGCAUUUCGAGAUGUAUUAUGAGCCAAGGUGGAUUUCAAUUGGUCCAAUCCACCAUGACAAGCCACAACUACAACACCAGACUCAAUACAAGCUUGUUUUGGCAGCAAAGUUCAUCCAGAGCAGCGGUUCGGGAACAGAAGUUUUGUACAGCAAGAUCAAGAAGAAAUUUGAGGAACUAAAGAAGUGUUUCCAUGAAGAUUUUGUUAAGGAUUAUGAUGAUGACACUCUUUGCUGGAUACUGUUUUUCGAUGGGUGUACAGCUCUUCAACUCAUCAAUAGCUAUGUCAACAACAAUAAUGAUGAGUUGAGAAUUUUAAAAAUUAAAACCGACCAAAUAGCUCUUGCUCAGCAGGAUUUGUUCCUGUUGGAGAACCAGAUACCCUUUUCAAUCCUCAAGGUGUUGAUGGAAUCUUGUGGGGAGAAGAAAUGCGAAGAGUUGAAGGUAUCAGUCAAGGAGUUCAUUCGUUACAAUGUCAUGGCGCCAUACAAGUACAAGAAGUCUUUACAAAUCGAAAUCGACAAUCCAGAGCCCGUUCAUCUUCUUGAGCUUCUCCGGUCAGUGAUCCUGCAACAGCCCGAACAGAAUCGCAGUAGCUGUGGUUGUCCCGGGUUCAGGAGAACUAAACUAGACUUAGCAAACGACAGCGAUCAAGGACAGCAGUCAUUUAGAAGCGUUCAGGAUCUACGAGCAGCAGGAAUUGACUUGAGACCAAGUGAAACCUGCUCACUAAGAGACAUAACAUUUACAUCUCUGUGCUUCGCAGGUUGGCUAAGACUACCUCCAAUGACCGUGGAUGACACUACUGGUCCAAAACUGUUGAACCUGAUUGCCUAUGAAAUGUGUCCUGAUAACAUCAAUACCGACUACGAAGUGACAUCGUAUGUAAGCUUUCUGGAUUCUCUCGUCGAUUAUCCAUCCGAUGUCAAGGACCUGAGGUCAUCUCGCAUACUGUACAACCUUCUGGGAUGUGACAAAGACGUGGCUCAGCUGUUCAAUGGGAUAGCCACUGACUUGGUUGCUAGCCCUGUGUACAUGAAUGUUAUAUCUCAAAUACAGAAUCAUUAUAAGAGCAAGUGGAGGACUUGGAUGGCUCAAGUCUACCAUGACCAUUUCAGUAGCCCCUGGACUAUUGUUGCGUUUUUGGCCGCCGUCGUGGCUCUCGGAAUGUCGGGUAUUCAGACUUGGACCGCCCUCAAAGAUAAUCCAUCGCAACCUUCUUCUCCUAGUCCUAGCUAGUACGUACAAUCUGAUAUACGGAGAGAGAGAAAGAGAGAGAUUAUAUAUUCUUCCUCAAAACUGUCGAAAUUUUACAUGUUUGUGUGAGUGUGUGUAAUUAAGGUCUCUUCUUUGAAAUGCUUUCUUUUAUUUGUAGCCUUGAAUAAGUUGAGAAUGGUUCAACUAAUGAAGUGUACGUUUUAUACGGAGAGUUAUGUGACUGGUCAAC